GUCACAUUAUUUUCAGCACUUAAGAAUUGUAUUUCAGGUCAGGUUAAUUUUAUUAGAUUUAUUGAAAUUCUGCCACAUUAUGGCCGAUAAUACAGAACCACUGACUCUGUCUAGGGAUGUCAAAAGAUCGAUAGAGCUGCUGGAAAAACUGCAGGCCAGUGGUGAUUUUCCCACAACAAAACUGGCUGCCCUGCAAAAGGUUCUCAACUCCGACUUCAUGACCUCCGUGCGGGAGGUGUACGAGCACGUCUACGAGACUGUCGACAUCCAGGGCUCCCAAGACGUAAGAGCCUCCGCCACUGCCAAGGCCACUGUGGCCGCCUUCGCCGCCAGCGAGGGUCAUGCACAUCCCCGGGUUGUGGAACUGCCCAAGACAGAGGAGGGCCUAGGUUUCAAUGUAAUGGGAGGCAAGGAGCAAAAUUCACCAAUCUAUAUAUCUCGUAUAAUACCUGGAGGAGUUGCUGAUAGGCAUGGAGGUUUAAAAAGAGGGGAUCAACUUCUAUCUGUAAAUGGUGUGUCUGUUGAAGGAGAAAAUCACGAAAAGGCAGUAGAACUGUUAAAGCAGGCUGUUGGAUCUGUCAAGCUGGUAGUACGCUACACUCCAAAGGUUCUUGAAGAAAUGGAAAUGCGUUUCGAUAAGCAACGCAACACACGUCGCCGUCAAUAAAGCACAACGGCAGAAACUUAAGCCAUAGUAGUUUUUGCCAUCCACGUAUUGUUGUUUCACGUGCGCGUAAAUCAAACCCUAUACGAAUAAUUAAUUUAAUACAAAUACCGUUUAAUUAUUAUUUAUAACAACAGAUCUAAAAAUAACUCUUAAAUCGUAAAAAGUGAGUGUUAUGUAUUUAUACCUAAAGUACCGUGUUGGUUUUUGUUCCAAUAAAAGUAAAUAAUUGUCAAAA